AGUAAUCGUACCAUGUGGUGUAACUGACGCCAACAAAGACCAGCUUAACACUCACUGCACGGAGAUGAAGAAGACGUUACAAAAAGCAGGGGUCAGGACUCAUGCUGAUCUAAGGGAGAAUUAUAAUACUGGAUGGAAGUUUAACCACUGGGAGCUGAAGGGGGUACCUGUGAGGAUUGAAAUCGGACCUCGAGAUCUCAAGAACAAUCAGGUGGUGGUAGUGAGGAGAGAUACAGGUGUUAAAGCAACCCUCCAGAAUGAGAACCUGGACGACCAACUCAGCAAGCUCCUUGACACAAUACACGACGACAUGUACAACAGGGCGCUAGUGGAGAGGGAUGCUAACAUGGCUGUCACUACAAACUGGGAGGAGUUCUGCAAGCUGCUCGACCAGAAGAAGAUCAUCCAGGCACCGUAUUGUGGAGACAUCUCCUGCGAAGAAAUAAUCAAGAAGGAAAGUGCUCGGACAGAGGUGACGGAGGAUGAUAAGGCGCCCGCUAUGGGUGCUAAGAGUCUCUGCAUUCCAUUCGAUCAGCCCGCUGAUGCUACCUGUGAGACAUGUAUACAACAAAAUUGUUGCAAACCCGCCACGGCUUACACUUUGUUCGGAAGAAGUUACUAGAAUAUUUGGAUAGGACUCUCAUAGCUGGCUGUUAGGGGUCUUUGACUAUUGGUCAUUCAUGGUUUAAGGUUUUAUUGGGCGUUUCUUUUGAAAA